UCGGCGCGCACUCUCGCGAACCCCUUCACCGCUGUCAGAUUUCAGCGUUCGAAUUUUAAAUUGUAAUAAAAUGAAGGUGUUAUUUGUUUUUGUUGUGUGUGCUGCCAGUGUCUAUGGGAAAAUAUUGCCUGAUUAUUUCCCACAAUGCAAGAAAAGUGAUCCACAGAUAGAAAAAUGUCUGCUGGAGGCGAUUGAAGUGGUCAAACCCAGGAUAAUAAACGGUGUUCCUGAGCUGAACAUCCCUUCUCUAGAACCCUUCAACGUACCAACCUUGAAGUUGGACAGAACAGGGUCAAACUUACGUUUGAAAGCUACAGUUAAGAAUAUGAAAGUUUAUGGUGGCAGCAACUUUAAGAUUGAAAAGAUAAAAUUGAACUUGAAUAACAAGUAUGUGGGUGAGGUUAGGUUGACAAUGCCCAGGCUGGUGGUGGUGGCAGAAUAUGACGUGCACGGAUCCAGGAUAUUGACACUCGACAUCAAUGGGAAGGGGAAAUUCAGGAGUAACUUCACUGGAAUAACAGUAGUGGCCAGAGGUUCUGCAAAACCAAUAGAGAAAGAAGGGAUUGAGUAUCUACAAGCAGAGAAGAUGAUCACCAAGCUGAAGAUAGGACACGGCCAGCUCACUUUAGACGACACCGAGAGACCAGCAGCUGCAAAAUCGGCAGCAGCAUUCUUCAACGCCAGUCCUGGUAUAGUGUUGGACAUUCUGAACCCCCUCAUCGAAGAGAGCAUCGCUGCCAUUUUGAAAGCCUUCUUCAACAAAUCGUUUGGUGUCAUUCCACUUAAGGAAAUAUUGCUCGAAGACUAACAUAGUAAUAGUAAUGAGUCUGUUUGAAAGUGUUAACCUAACAAUUAUGCGGAAUUUCUUUCCAUAUAAUUUUUUUAUAUUUAAAAGAAACAUGUUAGCAUUGAAACUAUGAUAAUUUUUACGUUUGGAUAGACUGUGACAGCUGUGAACACGUUGAUAAAAAAAACGGCGAACUGUUAGCCUCACACAACAAUCGCGUGUGUAAGACGUAGCUGUCAUGCACACUAACCUAAUAAACCUGGCCUAUUAUCAUGCGUUGCUUAACAGCAAGAGGCUCUCAUUGUCACGUGUCAGUUAAAUUGAUAAUAGGUAUUUAUUUUUCCACCAUUCAACUAUCAUUAUUUUUUAAUUUAGUAUCUCGUAUUUUGUUGAACAAGUAUUAGAUUGACUCUAUUGACUCGACCUGUACUUGAAACAAAUUGUCAAUUAAUUGUAAACAAAAUUUUCCACACAUAUACAUACAUAACAUUGCAUUUGCUUAUUUAGUAAACAAAGCAGAAAAUGCAAAAACUCCUACAUGUAAGUUUAUUUUUUUGUAGUAUAGUUUCCAACUUAAACGAGCUGAUAAUGAGUUAGUUAUAAUAAUUACUAACUCGUUAUUAGAUAAACGCAGUAAAUGUGUGAUAGUAUGUAAUUAAUUAUGCACAUAAUAUUGUGUGCACUAAAAUAUGGGAUCUGAUGGUAAAAUGGUUGCUAACAAUGUGGUCACAGCUAAAGGAAUUCAAAUCAAAUCAAAAUCACUUUAUUCAUGUAUGUCACGGAAAUGACACUUAUGAAUGCCAAAAAAAUCCUAUUGUAUCUACUGCUACUUCGUAAAGGGUUGAGCUAAUGAGAACAAGUAACAAGAAACUCAUUGCCACUCUUUUAAAUCAUUUUAUUACAAAAAAAAUAAACUAUUUUGAAUAAGAAACUCUGCAAUAUUAGUAACAACAGAUUCUGUGUUGUUAGUGACAGUAUCACUUGCAAAAUAAAUAUCUUGAUUAUAGAUAUCACUUCAUGCUAUACUACAGCAUGGAAGCGAAGUUGACUGACUUCAUGGUGAUGGAAAAACACUCUCAUUUUUUAUUUUUUUUUGUUAAGUGGAAAUGUUGUUCAACUUAAAAUAGAACGACAUUUUAAUCCUCACAGCGUCAUAACGCUGUGAGGAAUUAAUCAGUGAUGUGGCGUGAAUUUUCAGCGGGCAAUAAUACCUUAUAGCCUAAACAAAUGAUCGGAUUUGGUUCGGUUGAACCAUCGGACGUGGUCUGGUAGCGGACCAUACGCAAUGGUAUGUCGCAUUGUCCAUCGCACAAAAUUAUUAUUAUUACAGUCCGGACCUUACCGAGUACGACGCGGUACCAAUUGGUGCGAAGUGCCCACCGGACCGUCCAAUUGUCCAGCCGUACCAAAUCCGACCAUGUGUUUAGGCUUUAAGACGUGUGUAACACGAUAAUUUAAGAUGACAAAAAGUUUGUUACUCCAAGUUAAUAUCGUUGUACUGAAAUACUAGUAUAUUAAGCUAUGGUUAUUUAUUUGACUGAAUAAACUUAUGAUUGAUAAA